AUGGACAGUCUUCAGCAGUGGCUCAUAUCCACGGAGCAGGACAUAGCUGAGCUCCGCUCUGCCAACAGACCGACGCUCCAUCUACAGGAGGCCAUAGAUCAGGCAAAGGCAGUUGUCGAGGAAAUAAAAGCAAAGAGUCCUAACUUAGUAACACUUCAACAGUGCUGCCAUGACCUCAUGAAGGAAGUUUCAGAGGAGGAGUCCCAGCUGGUACAAGAGAAGACAAACAGCUUGAGGAUUCGAUACUCAGUACUCAGUUUGGGUAGUGCUGAUGUUCUACAGAGGCUCGAACAGGCACUGGAGGCUUCCAGACGAUGCUCCUCCAGUCAGGAGGACCUGCACCUGUGGCUGGGUCGUAUCGAAAGGGAUCUUCUGGGCUCAGCUCAGUCUGGGGAUGCAGUGCUAUGCGCUGCCGAGAGAAUAAAGUUGGAACAGGCAGUUGAGAAGGAAUUGGCCUGGUUUAAAGCUACAACCCUUGGACUGGAGGAUCUUAAAGUCAUCAGUUUAGACACUGAUAUUAUUUCUACUCAGCUCUAUGAGCAGAAAAUACAUGCAGUUGAGAUACUACAGCACAGGUUCAACAUAGAGAAGAUGGUGAAAAUCUCAGAGCUCUUAAAAGAAUAUAGUGAUAAUGGUGACAUGGAAAGUCUUCAGAAAAGUUUGGGUGUUCUGGAGGAGCAAUGCCAAAUAACUACUGGCACCAAUUCCCAUGUCGUACUUCAACUGGAGCAUGCCCAGUCCCUCUUGUCCCAGUUUUCAGAGGGGUAUGCUGAGGUGGUCCCGUGGUUACAGGAAACCAAAUCCCUUACUAGCCAACUUGCCUUGAACACAAUCAGUUAUGAAGCGUUUAGAGAACAACAGUCACUCUUGCAGAGCCUAAGGGAAUCCAUAGCUGAACACAAGCCACUGAUUUCCCGAUUAGGAAUGUUGGCCAAGCGUCUGUCAGAUUUGAGCCCUGGCCAGGCACAGCAGUACUACCAGAAAGUUACAGAGACUGAAGAGGACUACCAGACCAUCAGGGACAGAGUCCAAGAGGCCGCAGGGAUUCUAGAGGAGUCACUACCUCGCUAUACACAGCUGAAUGAGAGGAUGAAUAUGUUAAGGGAAAGCCUGGAGCACCUGCACAACCACAUGCAGGCCACAGUGGUUUUGCAGAGCCUGACCCCACGCAUACAGGAGCAGCUAAAAGACAACAAGAACACCCUGGCUGAGCUUUCUAAGCUGGAGGUGGGUCUGAGCAGUGUGAGAAUGCAGGCCGAAGAGCUUCUGACCAACACUCAAGCCGCAGAAAGCAGCUCCAUUGGCACAGCCAUCCAAGAGCAGGUGAGCAGUCUGACACACCAGUGGCAGGAGAUUCACAAGCAGUCUCAGGACAGGGAGAAGUGGCUUCUCCACCUGCUUGAUCUGGCUAUGAGGUUCUGGAGUGAUGUAAGCGAUGUGACCUCUGAGCUGAAUGAGGCUCAACAGGCUAUUUUGGACCUCAACUUAAAGCGAACAGACUCUGAGACCAUCCAGCAAAGCCUGGACACCAUGCAGACACUGAGAGAGGAAAUAGAUGGAAUGCAAGGAGAUCUGGAUACACUGGGAGUUGUAGGAAUGGAACUGAUGUCAGCAUGUGGAGAUACAGACAAGCCAGAGGUCACUAAAUGCUUGGAUGAGCUGUACUGCACAUGGAACAAUCUAAAUAAGAUCUGGAAUGAGUGUCACAGUAAGUUAGAAGAAUCUCUUCAGUUGGCCCUAAAUUAUCAAGAUACCAUGCAGGGAUUAUUUGAGUGGCUUAAGUCAGCAGAGCUGAAAUCAACUAAGGAGUUCUCUGUGGGAUCAGAUCUUAAAUCUAUCAAAGAGCAGCUGUGUGUUCUGAAGAAGUUCAAGAGGGAGCUGUACCAGAAAAAGAUUGAGAUUGAAAGUCUGAACCAUCGGUUUGUGUGUCAUCUUUCUCCGAGCUCUGUGCGACCAGCAUCUGUUUCACCACUGUGUGAUUUCCGUGAGCGUUGGGACAGCCUGGAGUCUGAAACUGUCAAAAGACAACACCAGCUGGAGAGUGCAUUGUUGGGACUGGGUCAGUUCCAGAACAAUUUUGAUGAGCUGCAAGCCUGGCUCUCCCACACCACUGACCUGCUGCAGGCUUGCCGGCCCAUCAGCAUUGACCUGCAGACCUGUGAGAUAGAGCUGGCCAAGCACAAGGUGCUGCGGAAUGAUGUGAUGUCCCAUGUACACACAGUGAAUUCUCUCAACCAAGCUGGCAAGGUCCUUCUGGAGGAGAGAGAAGCAGAGAGUCCACAUGGGCUACAGCACCACCUGGAACAAUUAAACGAGUCUUGGGAGUUUGUGCGUUCUGAGACAGAACGCAGGCAGCUGGAACUGGAGAAUUACCUGAGUCAGGUUCAAGAUGUAACAAUGGAAAUCCAAGAUCUUUUGCAGUGGCUGGAGCACACAGACUUAAGGUUGUCUUCCACGAAAACUGUCUGGGGCAUGCCAGACUCUGCCAGUGAGAGACUCAAUGCCCAUCUGGAGCUGUGUAAUGAGAUGGACUCUAAACACCAUGCCUUCACAAAUAUCCGUGAUGCUGUUCACAGGAUGCUAGAGGAAAGCAAUGUGGCCCAAGGCUCCAGCACUGAGCACAGUUUAUGUAUCCUGGAACAGAAGUGGAACACUGUCUAUACAAAAAUGCAAGAUCGCAAGGCUAAGUUAACUGAAGGACUUGAUCUGGCAAAGGAGUUUAACAGCAAUGUCCAAGAUCUGCUGACCAAAAUGGCAAAGUGUGAAGAGACCAUUAGUGGUCUACCUGCUCCCAGUUUCAUCCUUGAAACCAUCAUCAGCCAGCAACAGGAACAUAAGCUUUUGGUAAGUGAGGUGCACUCCUAUCGUGAGAAAAAGACAUGUGUGGAGAAUGCAGCCUCACAGCUGAUGGAACUCAGCAAGAAGGAGGACUGUGAUGUGGUGCAGAACCUGGUGAUAACCGUGCAAGACCGCUACAGCAAGCUCCAGCAGCACACCACAGAGAGAGGAAAGACCCUGGAGGAUGUUAGGAAACAAGUAAAAAAGUUUAGUGAAUCCUGGCACUUGUUGAUGGACUGGAUAACUGAGGUGGAGCAGACACUUGACACACAUAAAGAGAUUGCUGUGUCUCAUGAGGAGAUUAAACAGCAGCUCACUGAGCAGAAGGAAUUUCAUAAAGUCUUCCGCUCAAAGAGGCCCAUGUAUGAGGCCUGCUUAAAGAGUGGUCGCUCCCUUUUGGAAAAAACUCAGAACCCUUUAGACACCCAGCAUCUUGAGAACAUGGUUUCUGAGAUCAAAGAUUCAUGGGAUACCAUCAGUGGAAAGUCCAUAGAGAGGCAGCAUAAGUUGGAGGAGGCACUGCUGUUUUCAGGCAGGUUUACUGAUGCUCUUCAGGCUCUAAAUGAUUGGCUGUACAGAGCAGAGCCACAACUUGCUGAAGAUGUACCUGUCGGUGGAGAGAAGGACUUGGUCAAUAAUUUAAUUGACAAGCACAAGGUGUUUCAGAAGGAGUUGGGGAAGCGUGCUGGAUGUAUUCGCACCCUGAAGCGUUCUGUAAGAGAUCUGACUCGGGGGAGCACUGCUGAUUCCCACUGGUUACAAGAGCAGAUGAAGGAACUAGAGGUUCGCUGGGAGGCUGUGUGUAAACUCUCAGUGUUCAGACAGGCCAGACUGGAGAAAGCACUACAGCAGGCAGAGGAGUUUGACAUAAUAGUUCACUCAUUCCUUGAUCAUCUUGCUGAUAUUGAGAGGAUUUUUAAGUAUGGAGCACUACCUGAAGACGAGGAGGUUCUCCUGGCACUUCUCACACAGCACCAGGAGUCAAUGAGUUCUUUAAGUGCUCAGCAGGUGGCUCUAGAACACAUACAGUCCUUAGGGGAAGAGAUUCUGUCUUCCUGCCACCCUGACUCUGUUAUCACCAUAAAGUCCUGGAUCAGUGUAACCAGCACCCGCUAUGAGGAGGUCCAGACAUGGGCGCAACAGCAAUCUGAGAGGAUCCAGGCUGCGCUUUCGGCUCUGGAGACCGAAAGAGAGGAGGUACAACGCCUCCUGGACUGGAUCUCCUCAGCUGAGGAGUCUAUUAAGCUCAAGGAACAGGAACCCCUGCCUAAUGACACAGAACAAACAGCCGAGCUCAUUUUACAGCAUGCGGUCUUCAUGGACGAGCUGAUGAAAAAAGUGCCAGAGAUUAAAAGUGCUACGAAAUGCUGUAAACACAAGCUGACUCAGAAACAACAAGCAUCACCCUGCCACAAGACGCCAACAAAGAGAAGAGGACAACCAAAGCCCCAGACCACAGUUCCUCUGCCCCUGCAGAACCUAGAGCCUCACACUCCUCAACUGAGUCAGUUGGUGAGCCAGUGGCAGAAACUCUGGGUCCUAACCCACAGCAGACAGAACAGACUGGAGGAGCACCAGCAGAGACUCAGAGAGUUGGAAGAGUUUGCAAACUUUGACUUCAACAUCUGGCGUAAGAGGUAUAUGCAGUGGAUAAGUCAUCUCAAGUCACGAAUUUUAGAUGUUUUUCGUAGCAUCGAUCGAGAUCAGGAUGGUCGAAUAACACAAAAGGAGUUCAUCGACAAUGUGCUGGCCUCCAAAUUCCCAACCAGUUCUCUGGAAAUGACAGCUGUGGCAAACAUCUUUGAUGUGAAUGGUGAUGGAUUCAUCGACUACUAUGAGUUUGUGAGUGCUCUCCACCCAAGCCGAGAUCCCUACAGAAGAACUGAUGCAGAUCAAAUCAAUGAGGAGGUGAGUCGGCAAGUUUCCCAGUGCAGCUGUCCGAGGAGGUUUCAGGUGGAGCAGAUCAGUGCUAAUCGAUACAGGUUUGGAGAUUCACAGCAGUUAAGAAUGGUGCGUAUUUUACGAAGCACACUCAUGGUGCGUGUUGGUGGCGGAUGGACUGCUCUGGAUGAGUUUCUUGUCAAGAAUGACCCUUGCAGAGUAAAGAGUCGGACAAACCUGAAGAUCAAAGAGAAGUAUUUGUCGCCUCAGUCGUUUGAUGCAUCUGGUCGCAGG